CUGUGAUUUACGACACUUGAGAUUUACGACGUUUUAGAUUUACGGCAGUUUACAAUCGACUAAAUGGCAUUUCAAACGACUACUACUUCCUGUAACAUGUUACAUCGCCUUUGUCAGCUACACUGCCUGGGUUAACACUGUCUCUGGCCUCCAGUUAUGUGCUCAUGCACAAGGGUCAUCGCUUGAAACGUUGUUUACUAUAUACGUUUGCUUCUAAGGCCACAACAGCGUUAUUAUUGGCACGGGGAACGUGUUGUGUUGCUGGUUGUGCCCCACUACCAACGCAGCAGCGACAAUAGCGCGAUGGCGGCGUCGGGUGGUGGAGAGCUCGAGGCGGCCAAAAAGAACCUCGCGGAGGCGCUCGGAGAGAGCCUCAAGCAGUACUGGGCAAACAUGAAGCUGUGGUUUAAGCACAAGAUCAGCAAAGAGGAGUUUGACUCGGAGGCGCGGAGACUCCUCACCCAAGACAUGGUUCACCUCCACAAUGACUUCCUUCUCGCCAUUAUCACCAAGUGUCAGAUCAUGGUGACGGCUUCCGGCCUCAAGGAGGGUCCGGGCCGGCCUGGGAAGCCAAGCCGCAAGAAGAAGCUGCCCUCGCUCCGGGGAAAGUUUGAGCACCGCUUCCAGGAGCAGGAUCCGCUGGCCGGCGCCAGCUGGGUGGGAAGCCGCGCGUGCGGCCCCGACGGUGUUGUGGGCGCGGGCGACGGCGUGGACGGGGAGCGAGCCGGCCCCACCGCCCCUGCGCUCUGCGUGCAGUCGCUGCUGCUGCCGGCGCUGGGCGAGAUGAUGGGGCGUGCCAUGCUGGUGGCCUGGGAGGCCGGGUUGGACUCGGUCUCCGAGGAGACGGUGCUGUGUCUGCAACAUGCGCUGCAGAACCACCUGAAGGCGGUCGUGACGGCGAUGCUGGUGAGUAGGCGUCCUCACCGGGUGAAGGACGGGCGGUUUCGGUACGCGUACGGCACCACUGCUCCCCUGCACCCGUACCUACGCAACAGCUGCGUCGCGCACCGCAGCAACAACAACACUGACAGUGAGAGUUUGUGCCGCCCGGGCGAGGAGGCGGAGGAGCGUGCUGCCCUGCUGCUCGCCUGCUCGGGGUCGGAGGUCGUGCCCUCGCUCCCUCCCAUCAGCCUCGUGGAUCUGCAGCAAGCGCUCACGGUGCACAAGCAGGUGAUGCCGUCGCACACCAUGUGGUCUCUGAACAUGGAGCGGAUCCUGGCGCGACGGUGGCACCCGGACCGCGAGGAGGUGGCAUGGGACGUGCGCCACCGGCAACUUCUCAGCGGAGACGGUGCCGGGGGGGCAGCGCUGGGGUUGGGGGCGUCCGCGUGGGCCAGUGCCUGAGGGGAGGAGGAGCGGGGGCCCAUGGCAGAGGGGCCCAUGGCAGAAUUUUAAUUUUCACGGUGGAUGGGCCAAUGAUGGAUGGGCCAACACUGGAAUGGUUCAGUGGCAGGGCCCAUUGUGAAGGGCCCCAUGGUGAAGAAAUCCACGUGAAAGGGGUUAACACCAGAGACCCAUUGUGGAGGGGUUCAUGGAGCAGUAUGCCUCAGUGAAAAUUGGCGCCCGGUUGGUUGGAGCACGAGUGAUGUGGCCAGCAAUGGUGGUGGGUGCUGUGGUGGUGCAAUCGUUGACGAGUGCGACGUUGCGUUGACGUUGGCAUGUGACGUGUUGGUCGCGUUUGGUGUGACGUUUUUUCGCAUGACAUGUUUUGUGUUUUGCGAACGCUGCUGUACAUUUCAUAUCGCGUGCAACUGUGAACAUCAUUCCUGUUUUAUACCGCAUCUUCCAAUAAAGCAUUGCUACGAGACGUUC